AAAGAGCACGAAGCCUGUGAAGUAGAGUCAUCUUUAGAGGAUGCCAGCUUUGAGAAGGCGGCAGCAGAAGCACGAAGUUUGGAGGCAACCUGUGAAAAGCUGAACAGGUCCAAUUCUGAACUUGAGGAUGAAAUCCUCUGUCUAGAAAAAGACUUCAAAGAAGAGAAAUCUAAACAUUCUCAACAAGAUGAAUUGAUGGCGGAUAUUUCAAAAAGGAUACAGGCUCUAGAAGAUGAGUCAAAAUCCCUCAAAUCACAAAUAGCAGAAGCCAAAAUCAUCUGCAAGAUCUUUAACAUGAGUGAAGAACGACGCGAGAUAGCAAUAAAAGAUGCUUUGAAUGAAAAUUCUCAACUUCUGGAAAGCCAGAAGCAGCUUUUGCAAGAAGCUGAAGUAUGGAAAGAACAAGUGAGUGAACUUAAUGAACAGAAAACAACAUUUGAAGACUCCAAAGCACACGCAGAACAAGUUCUAAAUGAUAAAGAAAAUCACAUCAAGACUCUGACUGGACGCUUGCUAAAGAUGAAAGAUCAGGCUGCUGUGCUUGGAGAAGACAUAAGGGAUGAUGAUAACUUGGAAUUAGAAGUGAAUGGUGAAUCGGAAAAUGGUACUUACUUAGAUGAUCCUCCAACAAGAGCUUUGAAGAAACUGAUUCAUGCUGCUGAGUUAAAUGUUUCUUUAAAAAUCUUAGAAGGAGAAAGAAACCACAUUAUUUUUGAGUUAUCUGAAGUUGAUAAAACAAAGGAAGAGCUUACAGAGCAUAUUAAAAAUCUUCAGACUCAACAAGCAUCUUUGCAGUCAGAAACCAUGUAUUUUGAACGUGAGAAUCAGAAGCUUCAACAGAAACUUAAAAUAAUGACUGAAUUCUAUCAAGAAAAUGAAGUGAAACUCCACAGGGAAUUGACAGUAGAGGAAAAUUCCCGGAUACAGCAAGAAGAGAAACUUUCUAAAGUGGAAAAAAAGAUCAGCCACACCACUGAAGGGCUGGAGGCCUAUGGAAAGCUAGGCAAAGAUCUUGAAGAAGAAUUGAAGAGAACUAUUAAUUUUUAUCAAAGGCAGGUUAUUUCCUAUGAGAAAAAAGGACAUGAUAAUUGGUUGGCAGCUCGGACUGCUGAAAGAAACCUCAAUGAUUUAAGGAAAGAAAAUGCUCACAACAGAAAAAGAUUAACUGAAACAGAGUUUAAAUUUGAACUUUUAGAAAAAGAUCCUUGUGCACCUGAUGUUUCAAAUACAGCAUUUGGCAGAGAGCAUUCCCCAUGUGGUCCCUCACCAUUGGGUCAGCCUCCAUCUGAAACGAGAGCUUUUCUCUCUCCUCAAACUGUGUUGGAGGGUCCACUGAGACCCUCACCUGUGCUUCCGGGGAGAGGAGGAAGAGGCCCAAGAGGCCCAGGGAAUCCUCUGGACCAUCAGAUUACCAAUGAAAGAGAAGAACCAGGCUGCGAUACGUUAACCGAUCCUCACAGGGCUCCUUCUGACACUGGGUCCCUGUCGUCCUCAUGGGAACAGGACCGUAGGAUGACGUUUCCUCUACCAGGACAAUCAUACCCUGAUUCAGCUCCUCCUCCACAAAGGGAAGACGGAUAUUCUAAUUCUGAUGGACUGUCUGGGCCAGCAGAACUCAGAAGUUUUAAUGUGCCUUCUUUGGAUCAAAUGGAUGGGUCAAUGCCUUCAGAAAUGGAAUCCAGUAGAAAUGAUGCCAAAGAUCAUCCUGGUAAUUUAAAUGUGCCUGAUUCAUCUCUCCCUGCUAAAAAUGAAGCAACUGGCACCGGCUUCGUUCCUGCACCUCUGGCUCCAAUCAGAGGUCCACUGUUUCCAGUGAAUACGAGGGGACCGUUCAUGAGAAGAGGACCGCCUUUCCCCCCACCUCCUCCAGGAACCAUGUUUGGAGUGUCUCGAGGUUAUUACUAUCCACCAAGGGAUUUCCCAGGUCCACCACAUGCUCCAUUUGCAAUGAGAAACAUCUGUCCACCGAGGGCUUUUCCUCCUUACCUUCACCCAAGACCUGGAUUUUACCCCAACCCCACAUUCUGA